CCUCGGAGCAAACAGAGCCUCGCCGGGCUGCCCCUCCUUCCUCCUGUCCGGUUACCUCUGCACAAUGGAUGCAGUGUGUGCCUGCAGCCUCCACCGCGAGCGUUGCCGUUGCACGGGCAGGCGCUUUAUCCUCUCUGAUCUCUCUGCUUCUCCCCCCUUCCCCUGAGGGUUUGUUUUCCAGCAGGCUGAGUUCAAAAAGGGCACGAGAUACUGCUGGCAAGCAGCCCGGCGCUAAGCAAACCGCUUCAGUCAGAAUUGCAUGGAUUAGACCCAACUUUCAGCUCACAUGCAGCGCUACCUGGGGCUGCUCUGAAAUGCAGCAGUGGAGAUGCUGGCAUGAGUGUCAAGGUGGGGUGAAGUGGCACCCAGAGCCUGAGACUGGUCAGGGGACAGCUCGUCCACAGUCUCUGCAUGCUGCUGAUGACUCUGGGGGCAUAUCCGGUGCAGACUGCUCUCCUUCAAGGAGACAAUCUGGCCCUUCCAGACAGCAACUUGAGAGCCAGCUGCUUGAGGAGUCGGCUGGAGGCACCUUGUCCACAGCCAGAGGUGAAGCCUGAUGCACGGUGUCCUUGAGCCACUCUGAAUGGUAGCACCAGAUAGCGUAGCUCAUCCUGAGUGAGAGGCUCUUUGGCAGAGGAUUCACUCCCUGCCCCACCCCUGCUUGUCCUGUCUGCCUUUCUGUCUCCCUCCUGCAGUGAGCGAAUUUGGAGGACGGUUGGAGUACCAUCGUGGUGCCUUUUUAUGGUAAAUAAGCUGCAAGGGAGCACUCGCUGCAGGAGGAGCUGCUGAGAGCCCACGAGAUUGGAAAUGAUUUAAAUUGCUUUGGUUUAUAACAUCCCUUGCGGGGGCAGAAGGUGAAAGGACGGGUUAAGGAGUGGUUUCUGCCCUGACUACCAGGAAGGAUCUCUGAACAGCCCCAUUCUUGCAUUUACUGUUGGUUGGAGUGACAGAGGUUGGUGCUUACUGGAAAUCCUCUGACUGAGGCCAAGUGGUUCCUAUGCUCCAAUGACGAGGGAUACAAGCUCAGCAGUAAUGGCAGGAAAAGAAGCAAACCCAAAAAGCACAUGCUUUGCCAGCUCAUCAGUGGGAGCCAUGCUGAAGUCCAGCUUGCUUGACUGCCAGCAGUUUGCUCUUGGCUCAGAGCUGCCAGACUGCACCUCUGGGUGCAGACUGCCCACUUCUGGGGCAGCUGACCUCAGGCAAAGCAUUGCUGUGGGGCUGGGACAGCACUCCCCAGCACUGGAGCUGGGACACAGGAUAAGGCAGAAUAGAUUUAAUGUAUUGAUGCAUGAUUGUGCCUUGGGAGGUUGGUACCUGGAGCAAGUUGGUGUUCUUCCAAGCCAUGUCUUCCUGCUGCACUCCCACCAGCAGGGAAGGAGCCUAGCAGUGUGAAGUUUGGGGCAUGGAUCCUUCUCACCCUGGUGUGGGGUGGCCCUUCUGGCCCAGUCUCCCCUGCAUGCCCUUCCAGCCCCACUCAGCUCUCAUGCUGUGAUGUCUAUUUGAUUUGCUUUUGGGUGAGCUCAUCAGCCCUCUGGGAUGGCUGGCUCCUAGUGUCUUGUGGGGAAUCAUUUCCAGAGAUUAUUUUGGUCCCUGACACAUGAGCCCUGACAAGAAUGGAAGGCUUGAUGCACUCAUAGCAUCUCUGUGGGGGCACCUUUCAGGAGAGCCUCCAAUCCCUGCCCAAAUGAGGAGGUGGGCAGGGAACUGCAGCAGACUCUGGGGGUGGCAAUUGCUGCUUGCCCCCUGCUCCCUUACAGCCUUCUGGGGACCAAAGGGCUGCACCAGCAGAGAUGGUGAUGGUGUGGUCCCUGUGUUCCCAGAGUGUUAAUGGUGGUCCACUGGAAAGAAAAACCCAAAUCAGCCAGGCUGAAAGGGAGGUUAAGUGAGCCUUCUGACUUGGAGGCAUUUUCUUGCUGUUCCCUAUCAUGGUGCUGCUGCCCUUCCCAGCUUAGCUGAGACUUGGCACCUCUUCUUGGCUUCCCAGGAGGAACAACAUGCCUGGCAAUGUGCGCACAGCCUUGCUGUGAGAUCAUGGCUGCCUCCUGCUUCCAGAUGCCUCUUCCAGAAAGCCAUUUAGAGCCCUGGGCUGCUGCUUGGAUAACUCCCUGCUCUGAUUCAUCAGCAGUGUGCAGUCUCUCCCAUUGUAUCCCAAAUCAGACAGUGCUAAAGGCUGAGAGGCAAGAGGCAGUAUCUUUUAAUAACCAUGUGAUGCAGCUGGAAAAAAACUUCAGGACUUGUAGUUCUCUGGUGGCCUGGGUUAAUGGGAUGUUUGAGGGGGGGAAACUGGGAUGACUCCAGGAACUUCAGUGCUGCUACAGGGACAUUCCUGGCUGAGCAAUGGCCACUGUGGGCUCCACCUUAUCCGUCUGGGAUUGCCACACCUGUACGGGGACCUUGCUCUUGAUGGUGGGGCUGGGAGGAUCCAGCUUGUUUGGCAGACAUGUGCCCAGUUCUCCCUGCUAGCAAUCACCUCUGCUGAAGGUGCCUUUGGUUGCCCAGCUCGCAGCUGUUGGAACUGCAUGGCUUUGUUCCCAGCAGCUUCUGCUACUUCUUCCAGGUGGGUGCCUGAGGCUUGGCUCUUAGCUGCUGAUACUGUGUGAGACUUGCAGAGCAGAGGUAGUAUGAGGAUUUGUUGCUGUAGGAGGGUUUUGCUGAGCACCAGCGUUGUGUUUCUUCACCAGAGUUACUUGGUUUUACUGCUUAAGUACAGGCUGUUGUGAGAUUUAUAGUGCUACUGGCCCUUUUUCAGACUGAUGUUGUGUACCUUGUUCCCUGUGUGCUGUGGUACGGGACCUUGCUGAGAUUAGAUGGGUGCUGUGGGAGCUGUGCACUGCACUCUCAUUUAUCUGUUGCUUUGUGAAGCAGAAAGCAGGUCAGAUAAACCAGGAAGAUGUGUUAGUAAGUUUUACCAUGGCUUGAAGAUGCUUGUCCAUCUGCUGUGGCAGGUGACAGCAAGGUGCAAAACCCUCAAGCAGAGCUGGAAUGUGCUCUGUGCAUCUCAAGAUGGGAAUCUCUGCUUAGAGGGUGGUUUUCACAGCUGUCACUGCACCCUGCCAGCUUCUUCGGCUAUUGCCAGGUACACCUACAACAUUGAAGCUUCCAAAGGCUCUAGGAUGCUGGGGCCAGCCAGACUAGGCCUGCCCACCUGAUCCUUGGCACCCACUCCCGCCAGCCCAUCAUGUUGUGCUCCUGGCGUGUCAAGCUGAAGCUGCUGCUCGCUACCGUCACCCUUGCCGUCCUCCUCUCCUGGCUCUACCUCUUCGUGGGCAGCCUUGAAUACGGCCGCUUUCUCCUGCUGCCGCCAUGCCUGGGCGAGCAGCCGAGUCGGGAUGUGGAGCGGGAGGCACUGGCCUCGCAGGUGCGCCGAGUGGAGGAGGAAAACCAGCAGCUCCGCAUGCAGCUUGGCCAGGUGCAGGUGGAGGGCAGCAAUGGCAUCCCGCAGUGGGGGGCCUCUGCUGAGGAUGGGCCCCCCCUUGGAGGUGAGAGGAACAACCGCACGGCCUGCCCCAAGCAGUGGAUGGUGCACAAGUGUGAGCUCCUGCACAUUGCAAUUGUGUGUGCUGGACACAACGCCAGCCGAGAUGUGGUCACCCUGGUGAAAUCCAUCCUCUUCCACAGGAAAAACCCCCUCCACUUUCACUUCAUCACGGAUUCAGUGGCCCACCAGAUCCUCCAGACGCUCUUCCAGUCCUGGAUGGUGCCUUCCAUCCACGUCAGUUUCUACAACGCCGAUGAUUUGAAGCCAGAGGUGUCGUGGAUCCCCAACAAGCACUACUCUGGCAUCUACGGGCUGAUGAAGCUGACUCUCACCAAGGCACUGCCCUCCAACCUCUCCAAGGUCAUCGUCUUGGACACUGACAUCACCUUCGCCACUGACAUUGCUGAGCUCUGGGCUGUCUUCGGGAAGUUCUCUGAAAAGCAGGUGAUUGGGCUAGUAGAGAACCAAAGUGACUGGUAUUUGGGCAACCUCUGGAAGAACCACAAACCAUGGCCAGCACUGGGACGUGGCUUCAACACGGGGGUGAUCCUGCUCUUGCUGGACCGUCUGCGUCGCCUGGGCUGGGAGCAGAUGUGGCGGCUGACAGCAGAGCGGGAGCUCAUGAGCAUGCUUUCCACCUCGUUGGCUGAUCAGGACAUCUUUAAUGCAGUGAUCAAGCAGAACCCCGCCCUGGUGUAUCGGCUCCCGUGCUUCUGGAAUGUGCAGCUCUCUGAUCAUACCCGCUCAGAGCUGUGCUACACUGAGGUCUCAGAUCUCAAGGUAAUCCACUGGAACUCGCCCAAGAAGCUGCGGGUGAAGAACAAGCAUGUGGAGUUCUUCCGCAACCUCUACCUGACCUUCCUGGAGUAUGAUGGGAACCUGCUGCGCAGGGAGCUCUUUGGCUGUGCCAGUCUCCCCAGCCCGCCCAGCGACCAGCUGCAGCAGGCACUCGAGGAGCUGGAUGAGGAUGAUCCCUGCUAUGAUUUCCGCCGGCAGCACCUCACGCAGCACCGCGUCCACCUGUUCUUCCUGCAGUACGAGUUCCUGGCCCUUCCCAACCCCACUGAUGUCACCCUCGUGGCCCAGCUCUCCAUGGACAGGCUGCAGAUGUUGGAGGCCAUCUGCAAACACUGGGCUGGCCCCAUCAGCCUGGCGCUGUACAUGUCGGACGCGGAGGCCCAGCAGUUCCUGCGCUACGCCCAGGCCUCGGAGGUGCUGAGUGCCCGUCGCAAUGUCGCCUAUCACAUCGUCUACAAGGAGGGGCAGUUCUACCCUAUCAACCUCCUGCGCAACGUGGCCUUGACCAACACACAGACGCCGUAUGUCUUUCUGACUGACAUUGACUUCCUGCCGAUGUAUGGCCUCUACGAUUACCUCAGGAACUCCAUCCAGCAGCUGGAGUUGCCUCACAGGAAGGCAGCUCUCAUUGUGCCGGCAUUUGAGACACUGCACUACCGCCUGACCUUCCCCAAAUCCAAAGCAGAACUGCUCUCCAUGCUGGACAUGGGCUCCCUCUACACCUUCAGGUACCACGUGUGGCCAAAAGGCCAUGCCCCAACUGACUAUGCCAAAUGGCGAACAGCCACCGUACCGUACCGUGUGGCGUGGCAGCCAGACUUUGAGCCUUACGUUGUAGUGAGGCGAGACUGCCCAAAGUACGAUCAGCGGUUCGUGGGCUUCGGCUGGAACAAGGUGUCCCACAUCAUGGAGCUGGAUGCGCAGGAGUACGAGCUGCUGGUACUGCCCAAUGCCUUCAUGAUCCACAUGCCCCACGCUCCCAGCUUCGACAUCUCCAAGUUUCGCCUGAAUGCUGGGUACCGGGGCUGUCUACAAACGCUGCGGGAGGAAUUCCACCAGGAUCUGUCGCGGAGAUAUGGGGCUGCUGCACUCAAAUACCUCACUGCCGAGAGGAACCUCUGACACCUGGGGACAGUGGGUGCAGGGUGCUGGUAGCAGGUGGAGAAGGGAGGGUGCGGGGCCUCCUCCUGCCCCAGCUCACCUCUUAGCCUUGCCCAAGGGAUCUGAUUCACAAUGGGAUGUCUGUAGAUAAGAGGGAGGAUGCCAGCUGUGAGAUCAGGCAGCGUCUGUGGGUUGAGUUGCUGCAGUGUGGCCCAGGGUUUGUUCAGAUCAAUCCUGCGUUAACAGGGGAGCUUCCACUGUGCCGGGGGACUGGUCUUCCCAUCCCUAGUUCUAGCAGAUAUCAGUUCACAGCCUUUGUUAGCUCACCUCAGCCCAGGGCCUGGCCUCGAGAGGCUCUAGAGCUGCACUUUUCCCUGCUCUGCUCCUCUCUGCAGUCCCAGUUUGCAAACCUACGCACAUCCCUGGAGCUUUGGCGAGUGGGAGAUGGCUAUGUGGACCAUCCUCUUGCAUCAUUUGUGGAGCAAGGCCUCGGAAGAGGCCUCCUGAUGCUCUAGGAGCCGAGGCUAGAGAUCACUAGGAACUGUGGAGUCCUGGCUUAACCUUGGACUAAGGCUGGCUCCCCAUCCACGUGGAUGCAGAGUCUCUCCUGGGCUGGCCCAGCUCUAAGUGAAAGCAGUCUGGUGCUUGGUACAAUCCUUCUGCCAUUGUGGUGGGUGGGAUAGCUUCACAGGGGGUCUGUGCUCCUGUGGAAGAAUUAGUGGCAGGGACCCCAGUGCCUCCCUGACUCCUGGCAGUGCCAAGGCUGCCACCAACAAUCAGGGAUGGGAUGGGACUGACCCCAGGGAGGCCGUAGCUGAGCACCAUGGUCCCUGCAGUGGGAGCAGCAUGGCUGGCUCUGCUCUGCAGCUGUACACACUGGAGCACAGAGGAUGUGUUGCUUUCCUCAUGCUAUUUAAAUUAUUUAUACUUUUCUCGUAAGAAUUCAGUGGUUAGGGUGUCAUGGUCCGGUGUUUUUUUGUUUUGUUUUGUUUUUUUAAGCCUUUCUUGCACCUGGAUGAUUUUGCUGCUGGCACUGGAGCAGCUCCAGGCCCGGGGCUGCUGCAACCUAUGCUGUUCUCUUAGCAUUAUUCUGGUCUGCAAGAGCUAGAGCUGUGCAGGUGUGAAGAUUUCCGUCCUUAGUGGGAACGGCCAGGAGGAGCCACACAAAUCACAUUGUCUGGGAAGGGCACAAGCGCCUCUUGCUUAUUCUCUCUUUUUAAUUUAAUUUUUAAAUUAAAGCUUUUUUAUUCUUUUUCAUA